AGGUAUAUCGAUUUAAAAUUUUUUAAGCGUGUGGAAAGUGCUUUUCAAGCCGUCGAAAACAAAAUAAAAAGUUCAAAUUUCCCAGUGAAAACCAAUCAUCCACAACAGGUUGCUGCAGUAAUUUGAUUCUAAACAUAAAUUUCAAUCAACCGAAUAUAAAAAAAUGUUGUUCGAUGAGCUCGAUACGACGGAUGAGGAAUCCGAUUUGGUGAAGAAGAAAAAGAAAAACAAGAUUAAUGGAAAGCUGAAGCUUCAUACGAAGGAAGAUUUUUUCCCGGAAGGAUUGUACCGGGGGCCCAAUUCCGGUUGUCCUCUUCAAUUCUAUUGGCCGGUGUACAUCAGUGGCUUUAAGUUCGUUUCGCCGGAUCGCAGCACCUGGUACGAUCAAGUGGCAAGUUAUUUUGCCUUUUUCGGAUUGCCCACCAGGAUGAUAUACUUUUGCGAGUCGGAUGAAAAGCUUCUCCAGUUCCAGUUGCGAUACCAGGUGAUGGAUAUGCUUGUCUAUUUCAUUUCGGAGAAGGAUUACGCCAAAGCCAUUAGAAUCUGCCAUCGGGGAAUCAACCAUGGUUACCUGAUGAAUGUAACCUGCGGUCGAGUUCACGAUCAGUUUGAUUGGUCCAGGAGUUGCUUGUUCAAUGAGGCGGCCACCGAUUACGUAACUAUUCAAGAUACUUACCUAUACCCGCUAGAGUUUUUGGCCGAGAGAAUAUUCCUAAAAUUCGGGAAGGUUGAAUUCGUCUCUCGGUUGACUGCGACGAAAUUUGCUGUUCAAUUCGAAACCAAGGAAGAGAUGUACAAAGCAUUGAGAAGUCAAAUGAUGUUUGUCCCAUUCGAUAACUUUUCCGUUCUCUGCAAGCAACGUUUUGUUGAGUCUGAUGUCCUGUCAGACAUAAGGCGUUUGAUAGCAACGGAUCCUUUUUUUAUGGUCAUGUUGCCGAAGCCACAUAUAAUAAAAUUUUUCCUGCUAGGAAAAACGCCUUAUGUGGGAAGCGCUUGGAGGCAAUCUCGAUACCCAAUUCUAUCCGAGUGGGCAAAAGGACAGCUGGCGUCGAGGAAAAAACCUGCCACUCAAGAGAACACCAUUGCCGCAGUGCAGUCUCAAAUGGAAAAUCUACUUAUCAAUCCGAAAAACAUAAAGCUGAUUAACGAUUUUUUGAGAGCUCGGGGCGCACCUAAAACUUCCCGCCAGUUCGCCAAAAACUGUGUGCGAAAAAUCCUUGAGUGCGAAUUGACAUCAGAUACUUGAAAGCAAAUAAAUAAAUGAUAAACGA